CCACCACGAGUCACAUACUGUUCGGAUAACCCUUCUGCUCACGAAAACCAAUCCAUGAAAUACCUUUACAAAUAAACCACGACAAAUAUUGAAAAUAUCCUCUUCUGCCAAUACCGUUCCUAGAGUCUCACGAUGGUGUCAUGUGACAGAGCGACCUGCCAAAAAAUGCUAGAUCGUCCACUGUGGGGUUAACAUAAGCGCAUGGUUCGUAGCCUUGCCCAACGGCCACCAUUCUGUUUCCGCAAGACCACCAGCUUAACCACGCCUAGAAAGGGCAAUACGGAAUGGAGGAUAAGACGGCAAAGACUGAGGAAGGGCGCCAGAAGCGCUGGGCUACCAAAGGGAGGACUGGGUGCAAGACGUGUCGUGCGCGAAGGAUCAAGUGUGAUGAGGGUAGACCGUCAUGCCGUAAAUGCAUUGCUUCGAAGCGUGAGUGUGCUGGAUAUGAAGCACUCGGUAUGCCAUCACACCUGCGCCCCAUCGUAGCCAUUGCACCUAAGCUUGCCUCGCAACCACUGCUCAAGAUUGCACCCCAGCCAGCCCUAGCACCCAGGAUACACAGUACAGCAGAUGUCCGAGAUAUCAUUACCCUUUUGCGGUCUGAGUCGCCCAUAUCCUUCACUGAGGACGACUACAGCCUUGACAUGCAGCUGGGGCUCGCCCAACGCUCCUCCUUCUUCCAUGAGCUGCCCAAACGCGCUGGCUACGACACCACGCUUGACAGCGCCAUCAAGAGUCUUGCAGCAGCUCUGCGAUGGCGCGUAACCAACACAGCUGCGCGUCCAGUAGAUAAUACCCCGGCGUUUGUACAUUACGGCGACGCUCUCAGGAGUCUACGGACAUCACUGUAUGACGAAAAGAAGUCCAAAACCGCAGAGACGCUUUGUGCCACACAACUCCUCUGCACAUUCGAGGCGGUUGUCAAGGCCACAGAGGGUCUGUCUCUACACCAUGUCAACGGCGCCUCCCAGCUUAUCAGGCACCGCGGCGCAAAGAUGUUCAAGUCAGACUUUGACAAGGCCCUCCUCGCAUCCCAACUCCCCGGCAUGAUUGUCAACGACUACUACCGCGGUGAGCAUUCGUUCCUAGAGUCCCCAGACUGGCACGACACAAUCCGUUCCAUCAUCGACCGUAGUGAUGGCAAAUAUAGCGACAAAUCCGAAGUCUUCAUAUCGCUCUUUACCAUCGGCACAGCCCACGCCGGUCUUAUUUCUGAUUGCGUGGACUACUUUAAUGCGCCGGUGCCAUCAAGACGACAAGAUUUGCUCACGCGGCUUGCCCAACAGCGCGCCAACCUCAACGCCUGGUAUAACAAGUGGUGUGGUGACCUAAUCUCGCUUACUCACAAGGACGGUACGCCACGGACGCGGAUAUACACGGGCGAGGAACUGAAGCCGGGGUGUCUGAUGGAUCAUAUCUGUGUGUACGACGGCUACCUAUUUGCCAUCAACCGCGCAUAUGUGGCGCUUGGCGGUGAUGACGCAGAUGAGGUCGAGCAGGAAUCCAUCAGGGCAGCGGUGGAGAUGAUUGGUGUUGAAGAGCUGCUAGAUCGGGCGCUCGACAUGGACGGUGAUUCAAAGCCCCUGGUUGCAAAAGCUCACGGCAUCAUUGGGUCGCCGGCACAGGCCAUUACUGUCAUCGGAUGCUUGGGCGUUGCGUAUGAGCUGCUCAAGACAGCAAAGGACUGGGAGCCGUAUAUCCAGCCUUUGCCAGAAGGAACAAAACGACAAGUCGUCCCAACAGACUUGUUUUUCAAGUGGAUGGCCAUCACAAAUUUUCCUAUGCACCGGCUGAGCUCAUCUCCCGGCGCAGACACACUGCCCAAGUAUGCGGAUACAUUAAAGCCGCGAAGGACUGGUACAUGAUUCGCUUAUGGAAUCUCGGUUGGCGUAUUUGUUUUCGGCGUAGUCAAAAAGCAACAUGUUGUUUAUUUUUCGUUGCUAGAUUCUCUGGUUCAUAAAAAAAAUACAAUGAAUAAUAGUACACCUCGUUUUAAAAUGCCGUAAAACUCCCCCAGGUCCGCCCUAAAAACUCCAUUUGAAAAAAAAGAAAACAGCCAGAAAGAUGUUGUUAGAGAGAUUUCUAUGUUGACUUCUUGCGCGAUGUGUAUCCGUCUGCUUGUGAGCAGUACUUGACAAUCCAAGGAUGCUUGGGGAUGUCAUCCAAGGGGAUUCUGUCUUCGGCAUCGAGAACAAGCAGCUAGUAUUGA